GACCUCAUAACCCUUCGUGCCUCGUUAGGCUAGUCGUCCUCAUUUCCGCCUCUCUGCUUCUCCCCGGCCAAAUCUUUCCCCCCGAAAGGCCGAAACAAAUCCAGAACCAAUCGACUUAUGAUUAUUUUGUCGCACUGAUGGGAAUCCCUAAUCUUCUCCGCUUCAUGAAGCCAUUCAUCGAGCCCGUGCACAUCAAGAAGUACGCCGGCCAACGGGUCGGUAUCGAUGCCUACUCUUGGCUCCACAAAGGAGCCUAUUCUUGCAGCAUGGAGCUGUGCUUGGACCCUAAGAGCGGCGGUGCCAGGCGCUACAUCAGCUAUUUCAUGCACCAUAUCAACCUCCUGCGGCAUCAUAAGGUUGUGCCCGUCGUCGUCUUUGACGGGUGCAGCAUGCCCUGCAAGUCGGCCACGGAUAAAGACAGGCACAAGAAGAGGGACCUCAGCUUGGUAUUGGCAAAAGAAAAGCUUGAGCAAGGAAAUACAGCUGCUGCCAUUGACUUUUUCCGGAAAGCUGUGCAAAUUACUCCAUCAAUGGCUUAUCAACUGAUUCAGAUUUUAAGGUCAGAAAAUGUUGAGUUCUUGGUUGCUCCAUAUGAAGCUGAUGCACAGUUGGCAUAUCUAGCUACUCUAGAUGCUGAUCAAGGGGGCAUAGCUGCUGUUAUAACUGAAGACAGUGAUCUAAUAGCAUAUGGUUGCACUGCUAUUAUAUUUAAGAUGGAUCGCUUCGGGAAUGGUGAAGAGUUCAUAAUGAAGAAAACCAUGGAGACUGUAAAAGAUGGUCUUUCUUUCAAGGAUUUCGACCAAAACCUUUUUACUGGUAUGUGUGUUCUUGCAGGAUGUGACUUUCUUCCCUCUGUUCCUGGCAUUGGUACUAAAAGAGCAUAUUCCCUCAUCUCAAAAUACAAAAAUAUAGACCGUGUAUUAUCAACCUUGAAGCUUGGCAAGCGGUAUUCUGUGCCAGAUGAUUACAGCGAUUCAUUCUGGAAAACUCUUGCAGUAUUCAAUCACGCUAGAGUAUAUGAUGUCAAAAGCAAGACACUCAAACAUUUGAAACCUUUGGAGGAACAAUAUCUUAACUACUUGGCUGGAGAUCUGGAUAUUCUUGGACCAGCGCUAGCCCCAUCAAUGGCAAGAGCAAUCGCAGAGGGGCACUUGAAUCCAGUUACAAUGGAGGCAUUUGAUAAUUUCUCCAGAACUAUCAGCCCCAUUGAAUUUAUCGAUACCUCCACAUUCAAUGUUGCUAAUCAGCAUGGUUCUCAGGAAAUUUUGUCACAAGAGAGUUGUAUUACAAUCUGUUCAUCCCAGAAAAGCAAAGGCAACAUCGUAGCAUUUGCUGUGGAUGAGAUUACCAAUGGUGAACAAAAGCACAACAAAGGAACCCUUGCCCUUGGCAAAUUUCUACAGCAGAAGCACUCCUCUCUGGCGGUGGAGAGUAAUGAAGUGGGGCCAAAAAGCACCCCUGACAACAACCCAUUCAAGAAGAGAAAAUUACCCACUGACCAAGGUCAAGCACCGGAUCAAAAUGAGUUGCUAAUUGAUCUGCAUGAUGAAGAAUCAGUUAUAUUAUGCUCGUCGUUGUCGCAAGAGAGCAAUGGACAAGCAGAAAACCUGGAUCGAAAGGAGAGCAUUGACCAAGCAGAAUAUUGGGAACGAAAUGAACUGUCAGCUGGAUUGUGCUGGCCGUUGACACAAGAAAGUGUGCAAUCUAUGCCGAAUCAGAAAUCAUCAAAGAGGAAGGCGUUCAGGGAUAAAACGAGCAAAAGAGUAAAUCAAAGUAGUGGAAUAUUGAAUUUUUUCAUGAGAGUAUAACUCAAUUCCUGUGCGAUUUUGAGUUGCACUUUUUGAGAAAUUAUUCAAUACAUCUUUUGAGAAUUUUUCAUGAGUAGUACAACUCUAUUCCCGUACAAUGUUGAGUUCCAUUUCUUGAGAAAUUAUUCAAUACAUCUUUUGAGAAUUUUUUUCCA